AUGUGGUUGAAAACAAGCAUGUUCUUCAUGCGAGCUCUCUUAGUCGUCAUCGCGAUCUUGACCAUGUGCGUCUCCGGUGCGCCGGCAGACUGGGCGGCUAGAGAGGUUGGUUUUGUGCGUGAAGCCAAUGGCACCGUUACGAAUACCUCAAAUCCCCAUACCGCCGAUUAUCCCAAGGACAACCCCGUCAAGUUUCGAGUUCGGAUGGGUGUCCAACCUGUCAACAUUGGGGGACUCCAAGGCAAAGAAUUGUACCAGUAUGUCUACGAUUGUAUCGAGUCAUGGUGCCCUUAUGACCAUGGCUUUUGCGAUGCGGGCCCGAAGAAAUGGUGCGAAGUUAAGGUGGACGGUAGGAGGUUUCAUCUCGUACUUGUGGCCGCAUAUUGGCCAUCCAACUACAAGAGACUCCGCGAGUGGAUGCUGGAUAUGUGGGCCACGAUAGCAGUAAAGAUUGUCAACAACGGCAAGAACUGCAUUUGGAAUAGAGAGAAACGCCAGCAGGAAUGCAGUCUCCCUGAUUUUAUAAGCAUCAGUAUCGAUCAUUGGUACGGAAAGGAUCACGAGCUCAAGGAUAGAGAGGCUACGCCCGAUCUGAAAGUCCAGGUUUGGGACUUCGAUAAUCAAGCUAGUAAAUUCGAUUGCGUGGGGUCUCAGAGUCCGCUAUUCGAAUACUUCAAUACCAAACAAAAAUAUGGGAGCACCCCGCUCGAACGGAUAGCCCAGACUAUUCAAGAGCCCAACCAAGCUAUUCAGCAAGACAUCUUUUGCGUGCCUGAUGGUGGAGGUGAAGCCUCCGCAUCAGACCUCGGUCGGCCGGAACCAAACCAACUGAGCAAACGAUCCGGCAACAAGCAUACGCUCUAUCUGAGUGUAGGGGUUUGGAAACAAAGCGCUGGGACGUUCAAAGGACAGGAGCUGUGGAACAAGAUACAUGACUGUCUGACCAAUCUCUGUCCGACCGGGCGUAACGGUCACAAUGUCUGCGACUCAUCGAGAAAGUGCGAGAUCAAGGGUGUUGCCCGACCGGACAAGAAAAAACUCGCUUACGAUCAGAGUCUGUUCAUCAAUGUUGGAGUUAGCUUCCUGCCAGUUGGCCAGCUUGGAAUGCGAGAAAUCAUGCUCGAUCAAGCAGCGGCAGUCUUCUCCUCCUUCACGGACAACAGCAAGAACUGCUACGAUCAGCAGUACGUAGAUGCCUCUUUCCAAAUGUGUAAUGUUCCCCAGAUGCUUUUCCUACACGUAGGAAACCUUGCGUGGAUAUUCGUUGAGUUGGCGAACAACAAAGCCAACAAGAACGUCAAUAAAGAGUUCAAUUGCGGGAACACCAAGGACUCUACGCUUGGGCCUUGGUUUUACAAGAACAGCCACCAAAAGUGGGCUGAUUCCCUGGGACUCAAGGACAAGAACGAGGUGGGUCUUUACAUGGAGUGCCAGGAGGACGAACAGUUCGCAGGCGAUCGCAAAAAGUGGGAUUUCCAUGCGAAUCUUGUCUGA